AUGUCUGCCAGUGCUCGCAAACGCACAGAGGCUUGGCGCGUUUCGACGAGCGAGGCAGGCCUCUUUGACUUGCCUGACCCGCAAGCUGGUCCUUCCGCUAGUAGCGAACUGGACAAGACUUCUACAUCUCCUGUAUCUCCUCCGCGACCCCGACUCGAUACAUUCCAGUCUGGAGCUUCGCUUUCGCGAGCCGGCAAGGAUUUUGCAGCAGCCAAUCGGUCGCCUUCGCGGACCUUGCAAGAGCUAUUACCCAGUCCAACACCCCGUAGGCCGCGUCGCGCGCAUUCGAAGUCAGCUCCACUCCUUGGAAGUCCAGUCGACGAGAAGACUCUGCGGAAAGCAGGGCCAUCUCGCAUCACAUUUUCCACCGAGCAGCCUUCGAGAUCCCCAAAGAUCCCCGAAGUCGUACCGCCCAAGUGCGCUCCCCUGGACGGCCUCUCCGGAGCUGGUGGCAGGUUCGCAAUCUUUCAUCGGACGAAGGCGCCCAGCAUCCAAAGCGAUAGCGGUAACAGUGGCACAAGCAAGUUGAGCUUCCUUCGGCGCUUCUCUCGCGUACCACGGGCUGCUUUGCAAUCCUCGAGCCAAGAAGCCCUGGACACAUCAGACACCUCCACCAGGGACGCGAUUGGGCCAGCUUCUGGCACGGGUGCAAAGCACGCACCUGACAGCGGUAGCACCUCAGCACGAGAGACUACAUCUCGGACUGCGACAUCCCGGACUGCGACAUCCCGGACUGCGAUCACUACUGCAGCCCCAUCGACUUCUGACUUGCCCGUGCCAGAAAGCCUUCGAGCUCUGACUCAAGGUGUUCUGAAGAAGUCGAGCUUUGACUCGCUCUUAUCCAGAUUCAGUCAGUCCCAUUCAGACCAGACGACUCACUCCAGCGACGAUCAAGACCUUCAGCGCACACUCAGGAAGAGCAGCUCGAAGCAUACUCACACCCCUACUCUGCCCACAGUUGCUGGUUCCCCGCCAGACGAAGGACCACCUAAGCUCCCUGCGCAAGCUGUACAAGAGAUCCAGCGUCAGAUCAAGAAGCAGAAAGCUGCAUCAGAGCAGGCGGUGGACCCUGCUUUCGCAGACCCUGACUCAGAAAACGGCGUCACACCAGGCUUUGCGGUUACCGAGACUGAGCGAACCUCUCCAAACCAAGAGCCAAGCGCGGACCGUGUCGCUCCGAAAGCUCGCACCUCAGAGCAUUCUCCUGUGGCUCCUGCAAUCCUACCCAGCUCGGUAACCGACGAGCAGCCUGCACCUCAGCCCAGAGCCUCCUCGCUGCAACGCAAGGCCAACGCUCCGAACGCCACGAUGCAAGAUCCGGGCCCGAGCUUGCCUGCGUCUGGCACCAGCAAAUGGAAGCUUCCAUUUGGAAAAAAGUCGCACUCCAACCAGGGCAAUCUGGAUCCCGCUUCCAACUCGCAAUCUAUGAAGACUCAAGUUAGCAGCGAGAGUCUUCCUCACAGAGGGAAGUCUGGUUGGCGCAACACUGCCGGCCUCUUGCCGAAAGAGGAUUGGGACACGGAUAGUCGCCAAAAGGCUGCACAGCAGAUUGCAGCACAGCAAAGAGCGGCGCAUGAAAGUGACGCAGGCGCGCUAGUUCCUCCCUCGGCGAGCAACGGGCACCACUCCAAUCGCUCGCAGGACCUCUCAAACCGGGCUCCCUCUGACGGGCACGAGCCGUCUGACUAUGCUCGCUCCUUCUCGGCCGACAGUCAACGUGGCAAGGAUAAGCUCGAGGGAUACGCAGGCGACUCGAAUGCGGAUGUCAUGGCGCGAUUCGAAGCGGGCGGCCUCAUCCAACGCAGCGGCAAGAGCAAACUGGAGCGAAUGACAGGCACGCCAGGAAGCGAAGUGCUGCAGCGCUUAGAACAUGCGAAUAUGAUCAUGUCGCCCUCUCUCUCGGGUGAUCGAAAGCUUAACGGGCCUAUCAGCUCUGCAUCGCCGGCUCACUCAAGUCCCAGCACCCGCGCCGAAGCUUUGCGAGGCGCUAGCGCCCGGGAGUCCCGACUCGCGUAUUCCCCGUCGUCUUCGGGUCAUGCAGAGCUCGCAGCAGCGGAGGAAGCAUCCUGUCCAGUUUGUCUUGAACUGCUAUCCUUCAGGUUAGCAGGUGAAAAGGCUCACGUCGUGCCGACGUGUGGUCAUGCGCUGCAUCACGCAUGCUUUUCCGCAGUGUAUGGAGCGCCCGAAGCUGUUCUUGCUUCACAGGGCUCACAACGAUCCGAAGGCAGCGGAAGACCGACAGCUAAUGGACCGCCAGGAAUGUGUGGAGUCUGUCGACGCCCGAUCGUACUGAACGAGGACGGCAUCUCAGGACGUCGCAGUAACAAAUUGACCGGCAUGAUGGGGGGCGACAAAAGCAUCAGCUCUUCGGCCCAACGGUCCAUAUCAACAGAAUCGGACUCCAUCCAGUCACACAACGGUCGCGACGACCCUAUCGAGGCUCAGAACGUCAAACGCAGCAAAUCAAGAGAUGCUAUAUCCGAAUUCACUUCUAUGACUUCGCCAUCCAUCGGCGCGUCCGCGGAUCACCGAGGCACCGUAUUUCCCCUUAUCAAGGUCCGGCCCGAAUACAGCACAGUCUAUCGCAAGGACCCAACGGGUCAGAACGGCAAGCAAAACAUCGUGUGCGUCCUUUCGAUUGAAAUUCCGAAUCGGCGCCCGGCUCCCACCCUCGAGGAAGAAGAGAACGAACACCGUGCUUUGCUUAGCGCCCGUUCCGGCGCAUCAGGAUCUGAUCGCAGCAUUCAGCCGACAGAGAGUCACACAUACCGCGAUGACCCCGUUGAGCCUCCUUCCGUAGCUUCGACCUCUGAUGCGGGAACAGCAUUCUCGCCACGCGCCGAAUCUUUCCGCGAUACGUCGCAAAAUCUGGGAGACACCAAUUCGAGCACGAACAAGGAGACCCAUGGAGCGAGCUCCCCAUCCACCGAUGACGAAGGUUUUUCAUUCGGAGCCACUCCGGCUGCGGACUCGGGCGAGACUGUCAAUCCGUUCAAGCCCGUUACGGACGAUCUUCGCCAACGAAUUGCCGACUGGAAGGGUCAUAGCAUCGAAAGGUUCGGACCUCUCGCCCUCUUCGACUUCCUCGGUGUUCGCCAAGAUGACGUGGUCAGAGACUUCUUCGUAUACCUCUUCAAAGAAGCCUUGCUGUGCGUCGCUGAAGAGCGCAAGAAGGAGAAGGGGCUUUCUCGUUUCAUGAAGGAUCAGCCUGACCGCGGCGCCGCCAACGAUCCUCUCAGAAGCCCGCUCUCGCCUGCGAGUUCCAGCAACAAAACGCCUUUGAAGCUCAAAGGCCGCAUCUGGAUUCGACACAUUCGUCGAGUACAAGACACCUCCAGCGAAGGAGACCUCAGUCUGAGUGUCAAGCUCGACGAUGAUAGCCUAAAUCACUUCGUACUUUGCUUCAAGGAUAGAGGUACCUUGGAAUCUUGGCGCCAAAAGCUGGUCGCGCUGGUGAACGAACAUCGGCCUCCAGAGUACCCACGCACUCCCACUGAGUCCAAGCAAGCAGGAGCAAGCCCUGCCGUAGGCACGCCAAGUACUGCUCGGCGUGGCACGACCUCCACUGUAGACGCGAAGGUGGGCGGCGACAUUGCUUCGCCAAAUUUUGCGGGCGCCGGACGUCAGACAGGCGGCAAUGUUCGUCGGGGCUCAAGCGACUCCGUGCAUCAUGUGAUGAGCCGAUCUGUGCAUGCUCCCAUGGUAGCUAUGCACACCCAGUGGUCUGCCUCUGGCGGUCUCGAUCCCAGCUUGCCGCCGCCCGACCUGCUUCCCCACACACCGCUGGAUCUCAUCAUCAUGGUCAGCGUACCUUCUGUGCCUCAGCAAACGACUAGCAGCACCACAUCGUCAUCGGCGCAGCUCAAAUUACGGUUGAUUCGCUCGACUCUCGACUUCGUUGCUGCGAAUAUGGGAUCCAGAGAUCGGCUGGCUUUGGUCGCAUACAGUGUGGGUGCUGAGGGAGGUGUACGUCGCACCAGCCUUUUAAGCCCGGGCAAAGAUCAAAGCAAAGCUGUGCUCGAGCAAUUCAUCGAGAGUAUCGGGCAGCCUUGGGCCGGGGAAGGCGAAGAUCCCUUCCGUGACAACGCCGAGCUGCUGGGCGGUUCGGCAGACCGUACAGACACCAUCACGGCGGUCAAUGUGGGCCUAGACAUUGUAUUGGCGAGGACCAGUAAAAAUCCUCUCACUGGCAUGCUGCUCAUCAGCGAUGCCGCCGACGCUCCUCGUCGUGGCCAGAUGGACCUUGUCAUGGCCCGAGCCGAGGCUGGCAAUGUGCCCGUGCACUCUUUUGGAUUCGGAAAGAGCCACGACCCAUCUUCACUCUGGCUCAUUUCCAAUCACACAAAGGGCUCGUACACCUUCGUCCGGGAGUGGUACCAGCUGCGGGAAUGCAUUGCUGGCUGUGUCGGCUCUCUGAUGUCCGUCGCCUCCACGGAUGUGCGCUUGCACAUAUCUGUGCCUUCGGACAACCACUUCAGGGUCCGCAAAGUGGCUGGUCCGCAAGGAGCAAUCGUCUCAGCGACCGGCAAAGACGUCGAUCUCGAACUUGGCGAAUUGCGCUUCGGAGACUGCAAAGAAAUCAUGGUCGAGCUGGAGUUGGAUUUCAACGGCCUUGUGCCCUUCAUCACCGAGCAUGGGCCUGAUGGCCGGCGCAACGUACGCAGGAUCGCCGGCUCAGCUUACGAGCAAGGUAGCGCAACCGAUGACUUUAUGCAUCGUCUAGGCCUGGAAAAUCUUAACCUCGCGAGUGCGGAUGGUCAGAUCGAAGGCAUUGGCGCUCACGACAAUCUCAUCGAAGAAGUUGCAGUAUUCAGCGUGGAUGCUGCUUUCCGCGAUCCAGCAAUGGGCACAUCGACGAGCAGGCUGCCAGACCCUUGCGUACUGACUCUCGAAGUCGAUGCGAAUUCGCAAGAUCCGAUGUCAAAGCAAGGCAUUUCGUCUGGCAGCGGAGCUGCACUAGCGGAUCCAAUUGUCACGAGGCGACGGAUCGAGAUUCUGGUUAGCGACAUGAUCACUCGCUCCCUUUUGGUCGUUUCGCGUCGCAACCAUGCACAAGCGCUUCAAAUUCUCUCUGAGACGAGGCGCAUUGUCGACACGGUGCUUCAGGCCACACCUGUGCCGAGCGCAAAGACUCCGACAAUGCGAGGUGCGCGCAGCGGUAGCAAUGCCGAAGCAAGCAGCACUGCCACUGCGACACGAAGCGGUGGUCUGAAGAGACAGCGGGAUGCUUUUUACCGUCGUACAGCUGAUAGCCUGCUGGCCAUCUUGGAAGACCUUGACAUGCUCAUUGACGGGCUGGAACAAUCCAAGUCUUCAUUCGAUAGGGACGGCAGAAACAUGGGCGCCCAACAAGCCAUGGUCCUCAGAGAUCAGCGAGCGUGGACCAGCCGCACAGACACGGAAUGGCUGCGCUUCCGCAGUUCGGCCGACAAUGGGCCAGCUUUUGCAAGCAGAGCUGCCGUGUAUGCCACGUUGUAUGGCAGCAAGCAGUGAGGCCGAUUCGUCUACCUUUUUUCCAUGUGCAUCCAUCCAGAUGGCACCUCUUUCUUUUUGCAGCCGAAUCUCUUGAUGAAAUCCGGCUCGACACGCUCUUUUGUAUCAUAACGAGGUGCACGGAAGCAUGCUGUACCCAACAAGAUCACUCAAACAACCGCUCUUCACCCUGCACGGUGAAACGUCUCGAAUGCGGGACUUGUCAUCCUUGUCCCCCUCUUCUUUUCGCUACAUUUGCCCAUCUCGUCCUUCUUCCGCCUUUUCGCUCUUUAGAGGAUUAGCCACGCCCUCAGUCGCCCGCGCUUCUUUCCGAUUCGGCCGCGCUGAUCUUGUGACUAUGGCCGCGAAUGCUGGUGUUCUAUGUACUGUCGAUUGUCGCUCCAUUGCCAAUUCAGAUGGUCUUCUUCACCG